CCGGCCCCCGGGGCCCAGGUCGGGCGGCCGCCCGGGGAGGCCGAGCGGGCGCCCCCGGCGGCUUCCGGGCCCCCAUCGCGCCCUCGUCCGGGACCCGCGGAUCCCGCGGGGACGAAGCUGCCGCCCGGCCGGCUCCGGGCGCCGGGGACGCGGCGACGGGAACUUGAGGCCCUCCAGGGAUGUGAAGCCCCAAAAUGACCCUGUUACCGGGAGACAACUCUGACUACGACUACAGCGCCCUGAGCUGCACCUCGGACGCCACCUUCCACCCGGCCUUCUUCCCGCCGCGCCAGGCCAUCAAGGGCGCCUUCUACCGGCGCGCGCAGCGGCUGCGGCCGCAGGACGGACCCCCACCCGGGGACCGCCGCCGGCAGAUCAUCAUCAACGUGGGCGGCAUCAAGUACUCGCUGCCCUGGACCACGCUGGACGAGUUCCCGCUGACGCGUCUGGGCCAGCUCAAGGCCUGCACCAACUUCGACGACAUCCUCAGCGUGUGCGACGACUACGACGUCACCUGCAACGAGUUCUUCUUCGACCGCAACCCCGGGGCCUUCGGCACCAUCCUCACCUUCCUGCGGGCGGGCAAGCUGCGGCUGCUCAGGGAGAUGUGCGCCCUGUCAUUCCAGGAGGAGCUGCUCUACUGGGGCAUCGCCGAGGACCACUUGGACGGCUGCUGCAAGCGCCGCUACCUGCAGAAGAUCGAGGAGUUCGCCGAGAUGGUGGAACGGGAGGAGGAGGAGGAGGAGGAUGAGGAGCCGCUGGACAGCGACGGCCGGGACAGCCAGGGCCCCGCGGGGAGCCAGGGCCGCCUGGGCCGCUGCAUGCAGACCCUGCGCGACAUGGUGGAGAGGCCGCACUCGGGGCUGCCCGGCAAGGUGUUCGCCUGCCUGUCCGUGCUCUUUGUCACGGUCACCGCCAUCAACCUGUCCGUCAGCACCUUGCCCAGCCUGCGGGAGGAGGAGGAGCAGGGCCAGUGCUCGGAGAUGUGCCACAAUGUGUUCAUCGUGGAGUCGGUGUGCGUGGGCUGGUUCUCCCUGGAAUUCCUCCUGCGCUUCAUCCAGGCGCCCAGCAAGUUCGCGUUCCUGCGGAGCCCGCUGACCCUCAUCGACCUGGUGGCCAUCCUGCCCUACUACAUCACGCUGCUGGUGGACGGCGCGGCCUCGGGCCGCCGCAAGCCGGGCGCGGGGAACAGCUACCUGGACAAGGUGGGGCUGGCGCUGCGCGUGCUGCGGGCCCUGCGCAUCCUCUACGUGAUGCGCCUGGCGCGCCACUCGCUGGGGCUGCAGACGCUGGGGCUCACCGCCCGCCGCUGCACCCGCGAGUUUGGGCUGCUGCUGCUCUUCCUGUGCGUGGCCAUCGCCCUCUUCGCCCCGCUCCUCUAUGUCAUCGAGAACGAGAUGGCCGACAGCCCCGAGUUCACCAGCAUCCCCGCCUGCUACUGGUGGGCCGUCAUCACCAUGACCACGGUGGGCUACGGCGACAUGGUACCCAGGAGCACGCCCGGCCAGGUGGUGGCGCUCAGCAGCAUCCUCAGCGGCAUCCUGCUCAUGGCCUUCCCCGUCACCUCCAUCUUCCACACCUUCUCCCGCUCCUACCUGGAGCUCAAGCAGGAGCAGGAGAGGCUGAUGUUCCGCCGGACCCAGUUCCUCAUCAAGACCAAGUCCCAGCUCAGCGGUGUGUCCCAGGACAGUGACAUCUUGUUCGGAAGUGCCUCCUCCGACGCCAGGGACAACAGCUGAGCCCAGAGAACACCCCUGCCCCGCCCGCCGUCUGCGGCCUGACGCCAUCGCCGCCCACCACGGAAGCCUGCCACGGGUCACCCGCCCUGCAACCGACUCCAGCCAUAUCACAGGGCCCCUGCCGCCCUACCCUGCCCCCUGUGCCCGGCAGGGAAAGGGAGCCUGGUCUGAGGGGGCACCAUCAUCUUCUCCCUCAGUAGGGGAGCCGCUCAGCCGUCCCCCCGCCGUGUAAAUAACACACCCACAAAACCUGCCCGGCAGAGAAAAACCCAGUACCAGAAACAUCCAGUACCAAUGCGUCUGUCCUGUGGCCAGAAAGAAAACGCCUUCCAUGGGGCCCAUCUUAAAAGAGGGAGCUGUGUCUCCCGGCAAAGCCGCCCAGGGAGGCAGCGGAAAGAAAGGACCCGUUUUCUGGGGUGCGUCAGCUGCCGGGGGCCUCGCCUGCCCCAGAGUUGGGGAGAUACCCCGCCAUGCCACCUUCCCUCCCUUGCUCCUCAAAGCCUGGCCAUCUUCAUCCUUUCCCCUCUUACCCAUCCGCUGUCCCCCAUCUUAUCCCUGGUUCCCCAACUUCCCAACAAGGCAUUUCUCAGUGCAAGGGUGGCCAGGACGUAGAAGCCAGUCUGUUUGGCUGGCUCCAACCGAAAUUGCUUAUCUUAAAAAAUAAAAUGAAAUAAAUAGGUGA